GGCUCCGUAGUAAGCAUGGCGGCGGCGGCGUUCGUGGUCCCUCGGGUGAAACAGAAAGCGGGAGCUACGCGGAGAGGGAGCGAAGAGCGGGGCUGAGGCGGCACCGUCACUGCCGGGAAACCACCCCAACAGUCAGUGCGCCGGCGGCCGCUGCGGCCCCGAGAGCUGGCUCUGCCGCUGAAGUGGAGCGAGAACGAUCAGGAACCCGAAGAAGAGGCGCCGGGGUAGCCGCCUUCCUCCGCCUCAGAGCGGCGUGACUCGGAGAGUUGGAGGGUUAUCCGGUAUAUUAAUGUCUUAUUGAUAAUGGCAGAACAUCCACCACUACUGGAUACCACUCAGAUUUUAAGUAGUGAUAUUUCUCUCCUAUCUGCCCCUAUUGUAAGUGCAGAUGGAACACAACAGGUUAUCCUGGUACAAGUUAACCCAGGGGAAGCAUUUACAAUAAGAAGAGAAGAUGGACAGUUUCAGUGCAUUACAGGUCCUGCUCAGGUUCCAAUGAUGUCCCCAAAUGGUUCUGUGCCUCCUAUUUAUGUGCCUCCUGGAUAUGCCCCACAGGUUAUUGAAGACAAUGGCGUUCGAAGAGUUGUUGUGGUUCCUCAGGCACCAGAGUUUCAUCCUGGUGGUCACACAGUCAUCCAUCGUUCUCCACAUCCUCCUCUGCCUGGUUUCAUUCCUGUACCAACCAUGAUGCCCCCUCCACCACGCCACAUGUACUCACCAGUAACUGGAGCUGGAGACAUGGCAACACAGUAUAUGACACAGUAUCAGUCUUCACAAGUAUAUGGAGAUGUAGAUGCCCACUCUACACAUGGAAGGUCCAACUUUAGAGAUGAAAGAUCUAGUAAGACAUAUGAACGUUUGCAGAAAAAAUUAAAGGAUCGCCAAGGAACACAGAAGGAUAAAAUGAACAGUCCACCAUCAUCACCCCAGAAAUGCCCUUCUCCCAUAAAUGAACAUAAUGGGCUUAUGAAAGGGCAGAAUGCUAGUGGUGUAAACAUAGGAUCAGCAAAGAACAAGUCAGGAAGGGGGAAAGGUGGUGCACAAAUUGAUACAGAAAUAGAAGAAAAAGAUGAAGAAACUAAAGCUUUUGAAGCACUUCUUUCCAACAUUGUCAAACCAGUGGCCUCAGACAUCCAGGCAAGGACAGUAGUACUUACCUGGUCACCUCCUUCCAGCCUCAUUAAUGGCGAAACAGAUGAGACUACUGUACCAGAGCUCUAUGGUUAUGAAAUUCUGGUCUCAAGUACUGGAAAAGAUGGGAAAUAUAAAAGUGUAUAUGCAGGAGAAGAAACCAGUGUCACUUUAAAUGAUCUCAAACCAGCUACAGAUUACCAUGCAAAAGUCCAGGCAGAAUACAAUUCUAUAAAGGGAACUCCUUCCGAAGCUGAAACCUUUACCACCUUGAGCUGUGAACCUGACAUACCUAAUCCACCAAGGAUAGCCAAUCGGACCAAAAAUUCACUCACUUUGCAAUGGAAGGCACCUAGUGACAAUGGUUCUAAAAUCCAAAGUUUUAUUUUAGAAUGGGAUGAGGGAAAAGGAAAUGGAGAAUUUUGUCAGUGUUACACGGGCUUACAGAAGCAAUUUAAAAUUACUAAACUGUCACCAGCAAUGGGUUGUAAAUUUAGACUAUCAGCCAAAAAUGACUAUGGUCCAAGUGGUUUUAGUGAAGAAGUCUUAUAUUACACCUCAGGCUGUGCCCCUUCUAUGCCAGCAAGUCCUAUAUUAAUUAAAGCUGGGGUUACUUGGUUAUCCUUACAAUGGAGUAAACCCUCAGGAACACCAUCAGAUGAAGGAAUUUCUUAUAUUUUAGAGAUGGAGGAAGAAACUUCAGGAUAUGGUUUUAAGCCUAAAUAUGAUGGAGAAGACCUUGCUUACACAGUGAAAAAUCUCAGACGUAGUACAAAGUAUAAAUUUAAGGUUAUUGCUUAUAACUCAGAAGGUAAAAGUAAUCCAAGUGAAGUAGUUGAAUUUACUACAUGCCCUGAUAAACCGGGAGUACCUGUAAAGCCCUCAGUUAAAGGAAAGAUACAUUCACAUAGUUUUAAAAUAACUUGGGACCCACCAAAAGACAAUGGAGGGGCAGCCAUCAAUAAAUAUGUAGUAGAGAUGGCAGAAGGUUCUAAUGGAAACAAGUGGGAUAUGAUAUACAGUGGAGCUACUAGGGAACAUCUUUGCGAUCGACUGAAUCCAGGCUGUUUCUAUCGUUUUCGAGUUUACUGCAUCAGUGAUGGAGGACAGAGUGCGGUAUCUGAAUCUUUACUUGUGCAGACUCCAGCUGUGCCUCCUGGCCCAUGCCUCCCUCCCAGAUUACAGGGUAGACCCAAAGCAAAAGAAAUACAGUUACGAUGGGGACCCCCUUUGGUCAAUGGUGGAUCACCCAUUUCUUGCUAUGGUGUGGAAAUGUCUCCUGUAGAAAGAGAUGAACCCAGAGAAGUUUACCAAGGUUCUGAAGUGGAAUGUACAGUGAGCAGCCUUCUUCCUGGAAAGACUUACAGCUUCAGACUGCGUGCAGCUAACAAAAUGGGGUUUGGACCAUUUUCAGAAAAAUGUGAUAUUACUACAGCCCCUGGACCACCAGAUCAGUGCAAGCCCCCUCAAGUUACAUGGAGAUCUGCAACUUGUGCACAAGUGAAUUGGGAGGUCCCUUUGAGUAAUGGAACUGAUGUCACUGAAUAUCGAUUGGAGUGGGGAGGAGUUGAAGGAAGUAUGCAGAUAUGUUACUGUGGGCCCGGUCUCAGUUAUGAAUUAAAAGGACUUUCACCAGCAACUACCUAUUAUUGCAGAGUCCAGGCUCUGAGUAUUGUGGGUGCAGGCCCUUUCAGUGAAGUAGUAGCCUGUGUGACUCCACCAUCAGUUCCUGGUAUUGUGACUUGUCUUCAAGAAGUAAGUGAUGAUGAUAUAGAAAAUCCCAAUUAUUCACCGUCUACAUGCCUUGCAGUAAGCUGGGAAAAGCCUUGUGAUCAUGGUUCAGAAAUCCUUGCCUACAGCAUAGACUUUGGAGAUAAACAGCCCUUGACUGUGGGAAAGGUUACAAGCUACAUUCUAGACAAUUUGCAACCAGAUACAACAUACAGAAUACGAAUUCAAGCCUUGAAUAGCCUUGGAGCUGGUCCUUUCAGCCACAUGAUAAAAUUAAAAACUAAACCCCUCCCUCCUGAUCCACCUCGUCUGGAAUGUGUUGCCUUCAGCCACCAGAACCUUAAACUGAAGUGGGGAGAAGGAACCCCAAAGACAUUGUCAACAGAUUCUGUUCAGUACCACCUUCAGAUGGAGGAUAAGAAUGGAAGGUUUAUAUCCCUGUACAGAGGUCCAUGCCAUACAUACAAAGUACAAAGACUUAAUGAGUCAACAUCUUAUAAAUUCUGUAUUCAAGCUUGUAAUGAAGCAGGGGAAGGUCCUCUUUCCCAAGAAUAUAUUUUCACUACUCCAAAAUCUGUCCCAGCUGCCCUGAAAGCCCCCAAAAUAGAGAAGGUAAAUGAUCACGUUUGUGAAAUUACAUGGGAGUGUUUACAGCCAAUGAAAGGUGAUCCAGUUAUUUACAGUCUUCAAGUUAUGGUGGGAAAAGAUUCAGAAUUCAAACAGAUUUACAAAGGGCCUGACUCUUCAUUCCGGUAUUCAAGCCUUCAGCUGAACUGUGAAUAUCGUUUCCGUGUGUGUGCCAUUCGCCAGUGCCAAGACCCUGUGGGGCAUCAGGACCUCGUAGGCCCCUACAGCACAACAGUGCUCUUCAUCUCUCAGAGGACUGAACCACCAGCCAGCACCAACAGAGACACUGUGGAAACCACGAGGACCCGGCGGGCACUCAGUGACGAGCAGUGUGCAGCCGUCAUCCUUGUGCUGUUUGCUUUCUUUUCCAUUUUGAUUGCCUUUAUCAUUCAGUACUUUGUAAUCAAGUGAAAAUAUAACUUUAUUUUUAAUAUUGUAUUACAUUUUAUUUUGUCAUGUACUAAAAUUAUUUCUGUAUUGCUUUUACAAAAUCAGUGACAUUUAGCACUGGCAUUGAGACUAUAGUACAUCAUUUUUGCCAUUUUUAAUGCUUAUAUUGUUAGGUAGAGGCUGGCACCUUAUUAGAAUGCAAGCCACAGAAAUAGCACGUUUCGGUUUUUUGUUCGGUUGGGGCUCUUUUUCUUUUUCUUUUCUUUUUUUCUUUUUUUCUUUUUUUGACAUGCCUUCUUGUGAAACAAGAAUAUAUAUCAAUAUAUAAUUGAUACUUUGACCAGUCAGCAUGAGUGUAACAGUGACAACCUGAUCUGUUUGUUUUAAUUAUUACCUAGUGAAAAAUUCAGAAUGAUUAAAAUUUACACUAACAUGCUAUAUAAAAAUGUUAAAGUAUGAUGCUGUGAAAGCAAUCUAGUGCUAUAUUUCUACCUCCUCAUUUGUCUUAAUUUGGUAAGUGGGAUUAUGAUGAAUAACUGGAGGGGCUUAGCAGACAAAAACUGGAUGAAAGAAUAUGCAUGGGAAAAAGAAGCUUCUUGUUUGAUAAAUGUGGAGUUCUUCAUUAUAAGUAUAUAUUCAUGAAUUCACAGGUAAGUCACUUGAAAGCACAUACAGUUUACUUGGCCUAAAAGUAUUUUAAUGUUUACUCAAAAACCCAUCUUCAGGUCUUGAGAACAUGGAAAAGAACAGAGGGCUUUUACAUACUUUUUAAAAGUAAUCAUAAUUCUGAACUUCAAACCUAUUUAAUUUGGUUUUGUGAGCCUUUGAACUAUAUGUGUGUGUAUAAGGACAUGCACGUACAUAUAUGGCUUUAUAUAUACCAAGUGUAGAAAUAUACACACACACACACACACUCACUCACUCUCACUCCAUCUAUCUGGUACAGGCUAAUUUUGAAGAACUCCCAUAAGUUUUGCUGCUUCUCCCAUAACUACUGCCAUCACCAUCAGAAUUCAUAAUCAAACCUAACCUUUUGUUUGGGGCACCAAAUCCGAAGACAAAAUUAAUUUGCACCAGUAAACUUCAAGCUGCUUUCUUUCUUGAAAAACUAAUGUUUAAUGUAAUGUCUGUUUGGAUACUGUUCCAGUUGUUGAUUGCAUGUGGUUAAUGUUGCAUUAGAGCACUUUGCAGUUACAUAAUUCGUUAAUGUUUUGUGAGCUUGCAUUUGUGAGUUAUUGGGUGAUCAGAUUGAAUUUUGUCAAGUAUCACAUUGUACAUCUUGCAUAGAUGUCCAUGACUGCCAGUAAUAAUAGUUUGUAAUGAAACUAUCUAAAAUUCUUGUUUUAUCACAUCUGUUAUCUGUGAAACACUUGUAACUAGACUUUUUAAUUUAUUAUUUGAAUUUUA